AUCACCUGUUCUAACCAUAGUUCUGCAGCUAUUAAGAUAUAUGUAAUUCUUUCACUUUGUGUUACAGAUCCCAAUGGAAUUGUAAUAUGACAGAAGAUCAUAGAAAACCAGUAGGCUUCUAGCUUUACCAGUCUCUUUCAGACUUAGCCAAAAAGUUGUUGUUCUCAUGUAAAAGUUAUCUAGUGGACUUGGGUGAGUUUUGGGAGGGCAGCAACUUGAGUGAUUCUUGGCAGGCAGAGGGGUGGAUGCCUGGAUUUCAGUCCUCAAAUGGCAUCCUUUGUGUUGAGUAACCUGUGCCUGUCUCACCGUUACAUUGUUUGAUUUAGAUUGAAGUUGUCAUCAAUAAAAAAUGCAUUUAAAAAAAUCUUAGUGCUUUGUUAAAAGGAGCCCAGACAAAGCAGUGGCAAAAAGUUAAGUGGAAGGUGCUGCUUUGGGCAUUACUCACAGCCUGGCUUUAAUUGACUUGCAGGAGUGCAGAAGUGAUGUUUAUGCAUAAUCAUUAGCACAAUAUUCUUAACAAUAAGGUCAGUGAUUACUUGUAUUUAUUUAUGUGGCCUAUGGCGCUGCACUUUAAUGCUAGGGAAGAAUUCAGUUGUAAUUCCCUGGGAGAUCUGAGGUGGCUUAAUCUGAAUCGCUAUCGUUGAGGUUUCUGCUUGUUUCUCAUGCUCUACUUUGAGCAGGUGAUUAUAUAUAGGCUUGGCUGUUAGUGUUGACAGCCGUAAAGCUAUAUUUGAAAGAAGCCAGGAACAUGGGAUAUUACUCUUCAGGCUUUAAUAUUUGACAGUUACAGCAGUUCAAAGUUCAGUACAGAACCUCUUAUUUGUAGUAAUGAUUAUGUGAAGGGAGACAGCGUGCAGAGCUCUUUAUUUUUGGAGGCAGGAGGGAGAUCCAGAAUACUUGAAGAUUCAAAACAUGAAAUGCUUUAUAACUGUUUUGUAGUCAUAUCUGUUUUUGUUUGUCAAAAAAAUGGGGGAGGAGGAAAAGAAGGAAGCUUGCAAGGCUCUCUUCAGCUGAUGCUUUAAACUUGGCUUUUCAGGUGUGAUUUUUGAUACAGUAUGUCAGAGAAAUAUGGAAUUUGGAAAAUGAUGUUAGUGCCAUGAUGCUGGGAAAACAUGCAAGCGGUCACAAUGUAUGCAUGUGUGGAACAACCUUUAUAAGUGAUGUUGAUAGUAGGAAAGAAAUGAUUAGCAAGUCUGAGGAUUCUGCUGAAAAUAGUCGUCUGUCCUGAACCAGCUUUGUAUAAACUCCUCCUGGUCCUGCAGCUGGAGAUGGAGAAACUUCUCAACACUUAACUGACGUAUUGCCACAGUGAAGGAAAAGCAUAACCAGUUCACCAAUGAAAAAGACAGGGUUUGCUGCUUUAAUAAACAAAUAAGCUUAGUUUUUCACCGAAGAUGCUAGGGAAACACCAAAAACCCCAUAUGGAAACACAGCAUAGUGCUUACAGUCAGUGCUGCAGCAGGAAGGAGCUGCUGAGGCUGAGUCCUUUCAGUGCUGCCGCCUCGUUCAGCUCCUGCAAAAGCACCAACUCAUGGCCCAGGACAGUAGGACUGGUGAGAUAGGCCAUGGUGUGACAUUACUGCUGGUAAUACUGAUGGAUGUGGGAAUGUGGAAGGGUUGGGUGGGCCCUGCUGGGCUUUGGAAGGGAGAGAUUUUCUCACAGCAGUCCAGGGGAAGGAGCCCAAUACAGCCUGGAUGCCAGUGAGUGUUAGUGAAGCUGUCAGGUCCUCUCAGCAUCAAUCUGCUGUUCCUGAUGCCUUUCUGCUGUUGGGGAAAACGUUGUGUUGAGAGAUUAGAGGAGCUGGAGAUUGGGAGAGGCAGGGUGGCAUCUGUUUGUGUUCUAGGCAUGUGCCAAGGGGUUUUAGCUUUACAUUUCUGCGGAUGUGCUGGAGUGAUGCCCUGUGCCCGUGGGUGCAUUUACCAGGCAGCAUUUCCUGCAGUGGGAGGCUUUGCUGCCAGGUGAGAAUUCAGUGGAGAUUCGGUUCAUCAGAAAUCACUGGCAAUAAAAGGGAAUUAAUACUGUAUUUUUCAAUCAGAAAUUUUCUCUGUAGGUACAGCGAGUGAGGGUGAAGAACUCAGAUAAAACCUUGUUGUCCCCACUGGAUGUCAUGUGCUGCUUUUCAGGUUUACAUCUUCUAUGCUAUGGGCAGGUGGCAAAAUAAAACUGCGGUGGCUGAUAUAGUUAACUGCCUAUACCUUUAGUUACCUUAUCUGUCCUGCUUCUGUGGCAGCUACAAAGAAGGUACCUCAUUCUUCAGUCUGUGGCAUAGAAUUUUCUGCUGUCCCUCAUUUGAAGUAGCAGUUUGAGAGAGGGAUGAGCUGCAUAAAUACUGCAUGGUGCUUAGAGCCAAAGAGGUACAUGGUUUCCCUUGAGAGACCAGUUUUGCAGACUAACUUUUGUCAGGUAAUUCUGAAGACAAGCUCUUUCUAGCUUUUAUUCCGUUUUUCCCUUGUAUGCUGAUGAAAGCAUCAGACCCAUCCUCUCAGCAAAAGCAGCUCAGGGUUGCAUUGUUGCAGUUAUCCUUUAGCAGAGUCACAGAUACUGCUCUUUAGGAGAGCUUUUUAGAUUAAGCAGGAUGCAAGAUUUACUUCAGGGUAGUGAGGAUUUAUCAGUUCUGUGUAGAUGUAUUCUAGGAACGGUGUGAGUUGUGGGCUGCUGACAGAAGCGUUUUUUUUGUAAGCAUCCUCCAGAAGACUUCCUACGAGAUGGUAGUGUAAAACUGUACAUGCACUCACUUUCACUCAUCAUUGAGUUUUCUUUGAUGUCUUUGAUCUGAAGUGUUUCCCUUUCAAAAUAUUUCUGGUGUUACUUUCCCUGAGCUGUUAAUUUGUAUCUUCCUAGUAACGGUCUCCUUCAUUAGAGGUACCAGGGACAGGCAGAAUGCAUGGUUGGCCUUGAUCUGAAGGCUCUUUCCUAACUAAAUGAUUCUGUGAUUCUCAGCGUUUUCUUAGAGCAAGUCCAGUGAUACUGAGAGCUUUUCCUUUUUAAAAAGGCAAUUAAUUAGAAAUGUUGUACUUCAAGCAGUAUUUUCUCAGCGUUAGAUUAUGUGGUUAUGUACUGUGGGCACUGGCUUGAGCAGGCUGUUAAAUAAGCGGUGAUCCAAGUGUCUUCUUGAGUUCUGACCAUCUGAAGCUGAACCUGUAAUACCUGCACAGAUGGAUGGUGAUAGCUCCACGACGGAUGCUUCUCAGUUAGGAAUUGCUGGAGAUUACAUUGGUGGCAGUCACUACGUGAUACAGCCUCACGAUGACACAGAAGACAGCAUGAAUGAUCAUGAAGAUACAAAUGGUUCAAAAGAGAGCUUUAGAGAACAAGAUAUCUAUCUUCCAAUUGCAAAUGUGGCAAGGAUAAUGAAAAACGCCAUACCCCAAACAGGAAAGAUUGCUAAGGAUGCAAAAGAAUGUGUGCAAGAGUGUGUAAGUGAAUUCAUCAGCUUUAUAACGUCAGAAGCAAGUGAGAGGUGUCACCAAGAGAAAAGAAAGACCAUCAACGGGGAGGAUAUUCUCUUUGCCAUGUCUACCUUGGGAUUUGAUAGCUAUGUUGAGCCUCUGAAGUUAUACCUCCAAAAAUUCAGAGAGGCAAUGAAAGGAGAAAAGGGAAUUGGGGGAACAGUUACAACUGGAGAUGGUUUAAGUGAGGAGCUCACAGAAGAAGCAUUUACUAAUCAGUUGCCAGCGGGCUUAAUAACUACAGACGGCCAGCAGCAGAAUGUUAUGGUCUAUACAACAUCGUAUCAGCAGAUCUCCGGUGUUCAGCAAAUUCAGUUCUCAUGAUUUGAAGAAAACUUUGGAUCUGGGAACGCGAGAUGCAGAAGCUGUGCAACUCUAAUGAAAAGACAGUUUUAAUGACUGGUGAAGAGAUUUCUCUCUUUGUAUAUUAAAUAGCUGUAAUGUAGCUACCUGAAGCUUGACUAAUUGAGGUAUGAAUUCAGACUCAAAUCUUUUUCAUGAAUAAUUUUAAAGAAACAAAUUGGAUUUUAAAGGUAUUAAAGUAUUUUUGUUUUGUACAAGAGUUUGUUGCUCUGUAUAACUCCUGUAUGCAUUGUAUAUUGCAAUUUAUUACUGUCAGAGAUUUGUAGACAGUUUCUUAUUUUCAUAUUGAAUCAUGUUACUUUUGUAAUUCAGGUAAACAGCUGGGUUAAUUCAUGUUUACCCUUUGAAUAAAAUGGUAAGGGUAAAGUUCA